AUGCGUGAAGCCAGUGAAGUAGAGGAGCAUGACCCUUCAGUUGCAAGACCAGACAGUGUGAAGCAACUAGCUCUCCUAUUGCUGAAAUGGAAAGAAGGCAGACGUCUUCCAGACAGCACGCUCAAUGAAAUCACAAACGAUGUGAUCCUGUACAUCCAAGGUUUAGCUGAGCAAGGACCUCCUGGGGAUGUGCAAGAACGGUUGCUGUCACUCACGGAGCAGGGCAUUGAGCAACUGAAGACGAGACUCGGCCGGGAAAGUUACUGGAAGGCAUUUCUGCCAUUUGUUGAGCCUCAAGAAGUGCAACUGGGUCGGAACGACCGUGGCAAAACUGACGUGUUCCACUAUGUGCCCAUUCGUGAUGUUUUAAAGAACGUGCUACAGGUCCCCGGCACAUUCGAAACUCUGCAACAACCAAGCAUAGAGGAGGGUCGUCUUUCAACUGUCUUUCACGGAACAGCAUUUCAGGAGCACUCCUACUUUUCUGGAGACACAUCUAAACUGUGCUUACAACUCUACAGAGAUGAGUUCGAAGUCUGCGAUCCACUGGGGAGUAAGAGAGGUAUCCAUAAACUCGUCGCCGUGUACUUCACUCUUCUAAACCUACCACAGCAAUCAAGAUCAUCUAUCUCAAAUAUUCAUCUCGUCCUCCUUGCGAAGGACAAACAUGUAAAUACUUAUGGACUAGACAAUAUACUUGCCCCACUAUUGAAAGACAUUGCUUUCCUUGAGACGGAAGGAAUUGUUGUUGAGGGGCAAACGCUGAAAGGAACAGUGCUCGUAGUUACAGGAGACAAUUUGUCACUUCACCGCCUCGGCGGAUUCAAGUGCAGUUUCACACAAGGUAGGAUAUGCAGGUUCUGCUUGGCGCUUCGUCACGAAAUCGGUUUCAAGCACCAGGAACAGGACUUUGUACUUCGAACACCAACAGCUCACCAACAUCACCUAUGUAUGCUCAGAGCCGGUGCAUCAACUGUGCCCCUCUAUGGUGUAAAGGAGCCAUGUGCUUUGACGUUUUCAGGUUUUGACCCAACAUGCCACCUGCCUCCUGACGUGAUGCAUGACGUUCUCGAGGGUAUAAUCCCAUUUGUACUUAAGCACGUAACUGCAAGCCUUAUAUCCUUCCAGUUCUUUGCCCUAGAUGAUCUUAACAAGGAAAUCAUUCACUUUCCCUAUGCUGUAAAUGAUAGAAGAAACAAGCCAGAACAGCUUUCCCGUGACUUUAUCUACAAGAAAGGCAGCAUCAAGGGAAAUGCAAGUCAAAUUUUUUGUUUGUUUCGCCACCUUGGGUGUUAUGUGGGGGAUCGUGUGCCUUCUGACUGUCCGGUUUGGAGACUGUACACUUUACUAAGAGAGGUCGUUGACCUUAUUAUGGCAAGAAGCAUUCCUGUGACUCACAUACCAUACCUUCAACGUUGCAUCACCAUGUUUCUGGUAGAUUUUCAUGAUCAAUUUCCAUCCACAGCAGUUCCACCGAAGAUGCAUUUUUAG